ACACUCCAGCAUAUCUAUUAUAAAGCCCUACACUUCUGAAAUCAGUCGCCCGUGGUCCCCGACACCAAGCGAGUGCUAACGCCGUUACAAACUUCCGUCCACCUAUUUACAUGUCAAAUACAUCCCUUAUGUGGCAGAUGACAUGGCGGAAGCGUAUUUUUUUGAGUCUCCUCUUCUCCUCUCCAAACCUGACCCCUCUGAGUGUCCAUUCCCUGUCUGGUCCCGUAGUGAGCUUCCAACACCAAUACAAGAGCUAAUUAUGGAAGGUGGUAGUGGUGAUGGCGUUGUUCUGUGUGAUUGUGGAACUCCGGCGCGAGUUCAGACCUCAACCACUGAGAAAAAUCCAGGCCGGAGGUUCUAUUGCUGCCCAAAACCAAAUAAUCCAGAUUGUAAGUUCUUUCAGUGGAUUGACAAAGGUUUAGAUGGCUACGCACAUAUGGUGGUCACUAACUUGAAGAUGGAGGUGACUCAUUUGCAAAACGAACGUAAUGCAGCUCUUCUACAAGCUGGUGAAGUCAGAGCUCAUUUGGCAGCUAAGGUGUUAGAGAAUAGUUCACUGAAGGGAGAAGUUGAUGCCCUAAAGGAGAUUGUUGACAUGUACAAACAUGAGAACCAAAUUCUGAAGGAAGAAAUGGGGCUGGAAAUGAUGGAGGUGGAGACAUUGAAGGAGAGGAUUGAGGAAGUGCAGUUGCACCAUGCACAAGCCAAGAAAAUCAAAACAAAGCUGACCUAUGGAUUGUAUGAAUGUGGGGUAGUUACUGCUGGGGCAGUUCUUUAUGCAUUAUAUCGCUAGGCCUUGAUCUUUAAGCUGGGGCAGUUCUAGUUUCAUUUUGGUAGCUAAUGUAUUGUAUUUUGUGAAACUGCUCUUAUUUUGCUAGGAUUGUAAGACUGUUGAUGUUCUCUUUUUGCUAACAUUUGUAAGAAUAUUGAUGUCAUUGCAAUGGUAAUCUUAUUCUAGUGUUAAUCUGAA